AUGUUUCCCAAUGGUAGGAUCGAGGAUCUGACUCUAGGUUUGCCAAACAUCAAGCAAGUGAAAGCGGCAUCAAGAAAAGACUUACCGCCUGUGAUGUGGCGAGUGUACUCCAGAGCCUCCGCGGGUGACAACUCCGAGGCUGCAUUCCUCGCACACGCAUUGAGCGAGAGGGUGGCUCACAAAUACGGGCUCAAAGCCGGAAGCCGCUCCCGUCGUGUUGAAGACGUGGACCAAACGGAAAUGCGAGGUAUGCUGAGCAACCAUCUUGGAUGGCACAAGAAGAACGGCGGCUUUGAAAGCCGUUUCAUUUCUGUUACCUCUUCUCCCUUGUUCGCUCUUCAAUUGGCUAUCCAAAAACAUGCUCGGAUGAAACGCGAGGAAAGGCUAGCGAAGCGCGCUGCUGAAGAAGCGGCUAGAAAGAAGAUGAAAAGGGCCGACAAAAAAUCCGAACUUGAUGAGGAGCAAGACGAUGAGGACUCUGACAUCGAAAUCCCCAAGAAGAAGGCCAGGGUCAAUGUUCCUGAGGGUGACAUAUUCAUAUCCAUCAUUGACACUUCGACGUUGCCGAAAGGGACAACUAUAUACAAAGCUAAUGUGAUGCUCGCCGCAUACGAAAAUGGCAAGCCCUUGACCCAGAACCCAGAAUUCUUCGUGGCGGAGUACCUGGUCUGGGAAACUCUGAAGGUCGAUUCAUGCCACGUCUCAUUUGAUACGCUCCUGAACAAAGGAUUCUUGACACUUUUUGAUGAUUUCAAGCAGAGCCCAAACAACUUGCAAACGCAGGUCCAAAAUCUCCGGAGCAGUCUCUUUGACUGGGGGCCUUUGCAAGAUAAGAAGCGAACAGCUAUUCCACACAGGAGAUUCAGCGCUGCAAUGAGACUUGCUGCUUCGUUUGCCGAUAAAUGGCAGUUACCGAUGUUCGUUGCAUUCCUUUCGCUCUUACGGAGAUGGCACACCGACGACUCCAUUAUCCUGAGAGCUGUGCAAGCAAUCGAAGAUGGCUUCAUUGGUCUGCCCGACCGGUUAGAUCUACCUCAGAAACGUCCGUCACGCAACUCUGGCGUACCCGAGAUAGCAGGUUAUGAGCAACUUAUGUGGACUCUAUGCCAGUACCUCAAAGGAGAGAAAGGCGUUCAAGGUGAAGAUGAACCUUCUAAGGGUCUCCCGGUUGGUAACCUAAUGGCUCGCGGCAAGGGGAUGAGGGGGACGCUGCCAUACUUUGUUGCUCCGAUUCUUAAGAAGAGACCACCCAGGUUUAAACUCGAGCCCAAACUCAAGGUCAAGCAAGAAGUCAAGGUGGAAAACAAUGUUGACGCCGGAGCCAAGGAAGAGGCGCAGAAUACCUCCUCCAGCUCUAUCCCUACUGAUAUGCCAGACCCUUCGAAAAAACGCAAGUCGCCAGAAGCGAACGACCAAGAGAAGCAAGCUGGAGGCUCGCCGCAAGAAGUGGAUCAGGUGCCCGUCCUAAAGAAGGUGAAGACGACGAACGAUGCCUCAAACACUCAGCCUCUAGCUGAACCUGCUUCUGCUGGUUCAGACGCAACUCAGCUAGCGCCUCUAUACAAUGAAAGUAUGGGAGAGGUUGCUGCUGGUGAUGCAGGCGGACUUGCACCAGACCAAAUGAUUGAUCAAACAGCGGCCGAAAACGAGAACCAUGUGAGCUUUGAGGACUGCAGGGGGAACAAUGAGACUGGUACCAGUGAAUGGGAAGGCUUUGAUAGCGAUGAUGACGUUGAAGGUGGUAAUCAACUUAGCGAAGCAGAAGAUAAUGCUGCAUUAGGAGAAGGCUUCGCCGUGGGUUAUGAUAUCCAGCCUGCGAACGAAGGCAAGCUGGGGACAGAGAAGGAGGACGGCAAAGAAGACAAGACUGACCAGAAGCAAUCAGAUGCGGAUCAUGUCUGA